AUGGCUCCCCGGUGUCCCAAUGCCUCGCCCACGCUUCUCCCGUUCCUCUAUCCCUCACUCGUCUCCCAGCGCUGCGUCUUCAACGCCAUUGCUACUACUGCGGCCCUCCGAAGACGAUACAGCUCGACCGUCAACGAUCUCCCAGAAUCGCGCCUAAAUCCGGCCCCCGAUGACUACGCAGCACCGACCUUCGCCGACAAAGCCCAGCUAACGCUCUAUGCUGGUCGCGGUGGCAACGGUUGCAUCUCCUUCUUGCGUGAGGCCUACCUCGCCGAGGGACCACCCAAUGGCGGCGAUGGAGGGCAUGGAGGCAACGUCUAUAUCCAAGCCGCCCACGGCGAAACGUCCCUCCACAAGCUGGCUCGAAAGCGAUUCGCCCAUGCCGGUCGCGGCAAGCACGGCCAAGGAAGCGCAAAGAGUGGUACUCGAGGAGACGAUAUCAUCAUCACCGUGCCAGUAGGAACUGUGGUGCGCGAGUUGGAUCGCGAAGAUCCCGUCGCAGAUGAAGCCAUAAACAUGCGCAUCUGGCGUGCGCAGCAGAAGCUUCUGAAGCAAGAGAAGCGCUUAGCAGAUCUAGAAAGACAGAGGUUUGCGAGGGAAGAGGGCAUCGAAGACCCGGAGGAUGAAAGACUCCAGGAGAAGGAGAGAGAAGAAGAGGAGGAUGAAGAGGAUGGAGACCCAGAACGGCACAAGUGGCUACUAUACCCAGGGUUGUCAAAAACUGAUGUCAAGGAGACGGUCUUCCCUCGUCUUCCCAAGCGCCAUCGCAUUUUCAAGCAGCCUCCGCCUACGAUCCAUCUCGAUCUAUCCCGCCCGACUCCUAACCCUAUUCUGCUUGCAGCUGGUGGCAUCGGCGGCCUGGGGAAUCCUCACUUCACUUCCCGAGAGCACCCUCGGCCUAUGUUUGCGACCAAAGGCGAGGAUGCGGUAACCAUGAACAUCGAGCUCGAGCUCAAACUUCUUGCCGACGUCGGUCUCGUCGGUCUACCCAAUGCUGGCAAGAGCACGCUCCUCCGCGCCCUCACCAACAGCCGUGCCCGAGUUGGUAACUGGGCAUUUACCACCUUGCAACCCAAUAUCGGCACGGUUGUCCUCGACAAAUACUCUGGCCGCCCCACAAUCAAGAGUUACCGCCGCUAUCCUGCGCAGAUGGGCUUGCCUGAGGCUGUUGACACCGAACCGCGCACCCGCUUCUCCGUUGCUGACAUUCCCGGCCUGAUUGAGGGUGCUCACCUUGACCGAGGGCUAGGUAUCGCUUUUUUGCGCCACGUCGAGCGUGCAGGUGUCCUUGCUUUUGUCAUCGAUCUAGGUGCCGGAAAUGCAGUCCAAGCCCUCGGCGCCCUAUGGCGUGAGGUUGGUUUGUACGCCCAAAUGCGUGACGAGGAGGAACAAGACCGUGAGGUUGAUACCCGCAUAGACUGGGAUAUGACGGGUGGACCUGUUAAUUUGACCGAUGACUUCAAUGCAGCAUCGCAACCACCUGCCGAGUUGCCUGGCAUCCAGAUCGCUGGCAAGCCCUGGUUCGUCGUCGCGACCAAGGCUGACCUGCCCGAGACACAGGAGAACUUCAAAGAGCUCAAGGACUAUCUGGACAGUGUAACAAAGGGAGAGAAGCCGCACCCAAGCGGGGCAACAAACGCCUGGACCAAAGACUGUGCCGCAAUCCCAGUGAGUGCCAUUAACGGCCAGGGUGUGGACAGGAUCGUCCACUGGACCGUCGGUCUACUGGACGAGUGA